UAUAUUCUCUCGUCUCAUGAAAAAGUUCCUGUCCUCCGCGGCCAACGCCGUCAAUACCAUCAGCAGCUCGGCUGGACGCGGCGGCGGCGUCUUCUCAUCGGCUGCUGGCGGCGCAUCUGCCAACAGCAGCAGUCUUGUCGGUGGUGCUGCAGACGACAGCGGCGCCCAGGCGUUCAUUGGCCGGACGAUUUCCAUGACUGGUGGUUCGCGCGUCAUGGUUGAAAGUCUCAUUGCUGAAGGUGGUUUCGCAUACGUCUUCCGGGCUCGCGAUCUCGGCAAUGGCCAGGCGGUCGCGCUGAAGCGAGUGAGCGUCGCCUCAGAGGACGUUGCCAAAAUCAAGAGCGAAAUUGACUUUAUGCAAAUCUUGUCCGGUCACAAGAAUAUCGUCGCCCUCAAGGACUACACACUCUCGCAAGUGCGUGCGGGCCUGUACCAAGGCUUUAUGGCGAUGGAACUGUGCACUGGCGGCCAGGUCAUCGAUCUGAUGAACAGCCAUCGAAAUGGCAUUCCCGAAGCCGAAGUUCUUCGCAUUUUGAGCGACGUGGUGGAGGCUGUCGCAUUCAUGCAUUCGCGAUCGCCCCCAAUCAUUCACCGCGAUCUCAAGGUCGAAAACGUGCUCAUCGCCAGUCCAGGGCAUUACAAACUUUGUGACUUUGGCAGCGCGACAGACAAGGCCGUUGUGCCAAAGUCACCGCACAUUCCAGAUAUCGAGGAAGACAUUCAAAAGCACACGACCAUUCAGUACCGCGCGCCCGAAAUGAUUGAUCUGUACUCGGGCAAGUGCAUUGACACGAAGGCCGAUAUCUGGGCUCUUGGUUGCAUGCUCUUCCGUUUGUGCUACUUUGUUACGCCGUUCGAGGAAAGCAGUGUGCGCAUCAUCAGCGGCACAUACACGACUCCCGCAACGCCAGUCUACUCGGAUCCGAUUCAUCGUUUGAUCAAGUACAUGCUUGAUGUAGACCCCGAUUACCGACCCAAUAUGACGGAAGUCGCGCAUGCAGUAUUUACAGUUCGAGGCCUACAAUCACCCAUUCCGCUGGUGGCACAGCAGCGCGGAGAACGGCCCGUCCAGCCCGUUCAGUCAGCCCCCGUCAAGUUGCAGGUCACGCCAAUUGCCUCGACUGCAAGUCCCGUACAGUCGAGACGCGAGCGACCAAAGGCAUCGGCUCCCGCAACCCUCGUAUCCUUCAACCAGCAGGCGGGCCCGGCUUCUCAGCAACCAUUCGGUUCAGCCCAGCCAUUUGCCGGUACUCAAGAACAAGCUGCGUUUUAUCAGCAACAGCAGCAACAGCAGCAAAUGUUUGCAGCCCAACAACAGAUGAUGCACAUGUCGCUGCAACACCACGCUCCUGCUCAGCACCAUCCACUCCCCCACUCUCACCACCAGCAACAACAACAACAGCAACAACAGCAACAACAGCAACAGCAACAGCAACAACAAUACCAUGAACACGCGUCGGAGCAUGCAUCCCACGCCACAUUCGGGUCGGAUCAGCAGAGUGCAUAUUGGGCAGCCCAUCGCGGAAUGACCCAAAGUGCCCCAAUUGUUGCACCUGUGGCGACGCUUGUGCAGUUUGAUAGUGCGCCUCCUCCAGCCCAACCAUCUGCCACAUUCGAUUCAUCCGAUCCGUUUUCAGACAUGCCGGCGUUUGCGCCGACAGCCAGCGACUUUCCCGUUCCAUCGUCGCACAGCGUUCCUCCUAGUUCGGCACAGCACCUGACAGCCAUUCCUGCCCAUCUGCAUCUGUUUUCUCCGCAGACCGACCACUCCCCUGGACCGCGCUCCGCCCCUCCGCAUAGCUUCCCUGGGCCGCCGCCGGCAGCAACAACUCAACCCGGUGCGCCUCCCCAAGUGACGAUUGCCCCUCCUCCGUCCAGCACGUUUGCUCCGCUGAAUCGACAGACCUCCAGUCUCGCCAACUGGGACGGUGCGCCAGCCCGCCCUCUGCCUGCACAUCUGGGCCACCGCCGCAUCGGAUCCUCGCCUGCAGACAUUCGCUUUGGACAUCACGCGCCUCCCGCGGCCGGCGAACCCUUUGCGCACUCUUUUAGCGGCGAGUCGGUCACAUCCAGCAGCAGCGCGGGAUCAACCUGGGGCGCCGACUUUUUGUCGCCCGACAGCAGCACCAAUCGAUCCAUUUCCCCGCUGCAGGAGGAAGACAAUGCCAAACUCGUCCAGCUGUGAUCAUCUAGGGCCAUCAUCUUUAUGUGUGUUUGGCGUUUGACAAUUUUGUCUUAUUUCGCGGUUGUUUCGACCCCUCAAAAAAUGAAC